AUGCUGCAUGUUAGUUCUAUCAAUGUCGAGCUCGACGACCAAGGCGCCUCGAUGACAGAUUCAGAUCCUGUCACAUUCGAAGAAAACAUCAUCCACGCCAUAGACAUACGCUACCACACGUUCAUUCCCAGCCCCGAAGAUCAGCUUCUUAACCUCAUGUACUACAAUGUCUUCCGUGGACUCGCUAAGAACAUUAGAGCGUUGAACCUCGAAAUGCACCUUAUGGCGUCUUGGGCCUCGGACAGUCCCUUUAUCUCUGGGAAUAUUGACACUUCGACCCUGGCCCCGGAUUUUCAGCCGACAUUCCUCCAACGAACCGUGGCGCACCACCCAUGCUUCGACAUCUUUCCUGACUCUGUUGUCAGAGACAAUGCUAUUGAAUAUUGGUAUGUCGAAAAGCAUCCCUUAGAGGGAAGGCUAUGUAUGGCGAUUGCCGGCAGGCAUACAUGGCAUGAGAUCGACCUUGCUUUGAAACAUGGGUGCGUGCUAUGGGGCGAACCGGAUGUCACUGAGAGUUGGGAGGUCACUCAAGGCUUUGCAGACGACUGGCCCUUCCUCGUUAAGGGCGCUGUUCGCCUGGAGGCUGCCACCAAUCGAUAUAGGGCGCUGCGAGGUGAGCCGCCAAUUUUCUUUGCCUGA